AUGAUGAUGCUUACAAAUGAAAUGACAAUGACAAGUUCAAUGAAUAGAACUCCAAUGAAAAAGCAACAAAUAGCUGGAGUUAUUACUACUGUUGAACGAUGGACUCAUCAACAGCGAUGUCAAUUUAUCGAACGAUUGUUACCUUUAUGUAAUACAUAUCAACUCGAUAUGCUAUGGACAGUCUUACAACCGUCAUUACAUCGUGAUUAUUUUUACGCUGUUAAAUUUCGUUAUCCUGAUUAUCAUUUCAAGCAAAUUAUUCUGCGUAAUAUACAAAAAAAGGAAUAUCGUCAUCGUCGUCUGGAUGGAGAAGAAAGCUUCUACCUAAGCAAUAUCAAUGAUCUUCGAGAAUUUCGUGAUGAUGAUGGACUUCCGAAAAAGUCUCAAUCAGUAUUUACACAGUAA